CCCUAUCUGUUUUCCCCAGGACCCACGUGUGUUAGGGAAGAAGCGGACUUAAGAGCGGCUGCGGCUGCCCUCUGUGAAAUUGUCGCAUCGGGACAUCGCCUGGCCUCGGUGGCUAAGACAUCGCCAUGCCUAAAGGACUAAAAGGAAAAAUGGUAGGACGGGAAAAGAAAGUCAUCCAUCCGUACAGUAGAAAAGCAGCUCAGAUUACAAGAGAGUCUCACAAACAAGACAAGAAGGAAAGAUUUCUAAGCCCCUGCUUUGGAAAAUAUCUAAUUUCUCUGCACCUUUUGGUUCAAGAUUGAAGACUGAGAAGGCCUUGCGUCUCAACCUUAUUGGUGACAAACUUCAGUGGUUUCAUAGUCAUCUGGAUAUGAAAAAAACGAGAUAUUCUAAGAAAGAUGCCUGUGAAUUAGUUGAAAGGUACUUGGAUCGGUUCAGCAGUGAGCUGGAGCAGAUUGAGUUACAGAACAGCAUCAAGGACAGGCAGGGAAGGCGGCACCAUUCCCGGGAGGCCAUCAUCAAGCAGACCCUGGAGCGGGAGCGGCAGCAGUACGAAGGCUAUGGCUUUGAGAUCCCAGACAUUUUAGACUCUAAUACUCUGCAGACUUUCCGGGAAUGGGAUUUUGAUCUGAAGAAAUUGCCAAACAUCAAAAUGAGGAAACUUUGUGCUGAUGAUGCAGUUCCUAAGAAGCGCAAACAGAAAAAUAUUUUAAAUAUAGAAAAGGAUUUAGGAGAAUUAGAACUAUCAGGGCAAACUGGAGCCACUACAGAUGGGAAACUGGAACCAGCAAGUGAAUCAAGUGACACGGAUGAAGAAAUGACUCCAGUGCCUGUCAGCCCUCAUUGAAAUACCUCAGACCUUCAUGUUCUACUCAGUGACCAUGGCACAUAGUCAUUUAUAUGUGGGCUGGUGAGAUGGCUUAGCAGGAGGGGGCUUGCAGCCAAGCCUGACUACUGAAGCUUGAGUCCGAGAAUCCAUGGGUUAAAGAGAAAGGAUGCUACAAAUUUUCUUUGAACGUACACCUGCACACCAUGGGAAGUGUGCAUAUGCACGCACACAAAUAAAAUUUAGUAAUUAUCUGUA